AUGCUCAUGGAGCUAUUCAAUCCAGAAAGAAGACCUGCACCCGCAGCUCCAGUUCCUGUGGCUCCGGUGGCUCCGGUGGCCCCGGCACCAAUUGUGUUUACACCACCGGUCAAACCACUGAUAACAUCAGCGGUGGUAGCACCACCGGUAGCUGUCGUGGCUCCUCCUGUGAGGCCGGAUAAGAGGUCACCAUCACCGGUAGCGGUCGUAGCUCCUCCUGUGAGGCCGGAUAAGAGGUCACCAUCACCGGUCAAGGUGCCUGUUGAUCCUCCUGUGAGUCCGGAUAAAAGGUCACCACCACCGGUUGAGGUGCCUGUUGCUCUUCCUGUGAGACCGGAUAAGAGGUCACCACCACCGGUAGCGGUCGUGGCUCCUCCUGUGAGGCCGGAUAAGAGGCCACCACCACCGGUAGAAGUGCCUGUUGCUCCUCCUGUGAGUCCGGAUAAGAGGCCACCACCACCGGUUGAGGAGCCUGUUACUCCUCCAAGGAGACUAUCGAGCUGUCGCUUGGUCUGCAGUCUUGUUAACAUGUGGUCAAUGAUAUGA